AUGGCAGCAGGACGCUCCGCCGCCCUGAAACUCGACUGGACCAAAAUCUCCACCUCUCUCGGUCUCAAAGGCCAAACGGCAACCGCACUCCAAGCCUUCAAAAAGCGCAACGACGACGCGCGCCGCAAAGUCAACCUGCUGAGCUCGCAGCCCCAGUCCGUCGACUUCCAACACUACCGCGACACCCUGAACAACACGGCCGUGGUCGACGAGAUCGAAGGCCACGUCAAGGCGUUCAAGCCGGCUACGUACGAUGUGGGACGGCAGAUCAAGGCCAUCGAGGCGUUUGAGGUGCAGGCUGUGAAGAGCGCGGAGGAGACGAAGGGGAAGGUGGAUGGGGAAUUGAGGGACUUGGAGGCGACGUUGAAGAAUAUCGAAACCGCGAGACCGUUUGAGGAUUUGACUGUUGACGAAGUUGCGGCGGCACGCCCCGAUAUCGACACUCGAACAGAACAGCUUGUGUCGAAGGGGCGUUGGCACGUCCCCGGCUACAAGGAGAAAUUUGGGGAUCUCUCGGUGCUAUAG